UCCUCCCAACUCUCGGCUGACCCAGACUGGUGUGGAAGGCUCUUCCCUCUCCCAGGAAAAUGGGGACUGAUGGUGAAAACCCGGUCCUGAGGAAUGUGGUCAUCAGCUUCAACUUGCUUCUGCUGGGCGCUGUCCUCAAGCCUUUUGAGUGCCGGCUGGAGAUGACAACAGAGCCAGCUGAGAGGACAGCGGUGGAUGAGGCAGGUGGCCUCACCAACUGCAGCCCACCUAUCAAAGAGCAGCCCAUGGUCUUCCACCACAUCUACAACAUCAACAUCCCACUGGACAGCUGCUGCUCAUCCAUGUUCAAGUCUUCGGCCGAGGAGGUGAGUUCAGAAGACGACCGGCUGGCAGAGUACACGGAGCAGACCUCCGACAGCGAGAGCCAGGUCACCUUCACCCACAGGAUAAACAUGCCCAAGCAGGCCUGCAAGUGCUCCACCUCCCUCCCAUCCCUGCAGGAGCUGCUGAGCAGGAUUGAGAUGCUGGAGAGGGAGGUCUCCAUCCUCCGGGACCAAUGCACCUCCAAUUGCUGCCAAGAAAAUGCAGCCACAGGGCAGCUGGAUUACAUCCCGCAGUGCAGCGGCCACGGGAAUUUCAGCCUGGAGUCGUGCAGCUGCGUGUGCAUGGAGGGCUGGGCAGGCAGCAACUGCUCCGAGCCCCGCUGCCCCGGGGGCUGCUCCAGCCGCGGCGUGUGCCUGGAGGGCCAGUGCAUCUGCGACAACGACUACGGGGGCGAGGACUGCUCGCAGCUCCGCUGCCCCGCCGGCUGCGGCUCCCGCGGGCUCUGCGUGGACGGCGAGUGCGUGUGCGAGGAGGGUUUCACCGGGGAGGAUUGCUCCCAGCUGCGCUGCCCCCGCGACUGCUCGGGACGGGGCCGCUGCGUGAACGGCACCUGCGAGUGCCAGGAGGGCUUCGCCGGCGAGGACUGCGCAAGGCUGCACUGCCCCAACGCCUGCAGCGGCCGGGGGGUCUGCCGGGAUGGGCUCUGCGUCUGCGAGGAAGGCUUUGAUGGGCAGGACUGCUCAGCAGUGUCUCCUCCUGAAAACCUGCGGGUGACAGGGAUCAGCGACAGCUCCAUCGAGCUGGCUUGGGACAGCCCCGGGGCAGCCACCGAGUACGUGGUCUCGUACCAGCCCGCGGUGCCAGGGGGCACCCAGCUCCAGCAGAGGGUGCCUGGGGACUGGAGCAGCAUCACCAUCGCGGAUCUGGAGCCAGGUGUUGCCUACAAUGUCAGCAUCUAUGCAGUCAUCAGUGACGUCUUCAGCAUCCCCGUAACCUCCAAGGUGAUGACUAACCUCGCCACACCGCAGGGGCUGAAGUUCAAGACCAUCACAGAGACGACAGCAGAGGUGCAGUGGGAGCCCUUCUCCUUCCCCUUCGACGGCUGGGAGAUCAGUUUCAUUCCCAAGAAUAAUGAGGGUGGUGUGAUUGCCCAGCUCCCCAGCACCGUCACCACCUUCAACCAGACGGGGCUGAAGCCAGGGGAAGAGUACACUGUCACCGUUGUGGCCCUGAAGGAACAAGCCAGAAGCCCUCCCACCUCCGACAGCGUCUCAACCCUCAUCGAUGGCCCGACGCAGAUCCUGGUGCGGGAUGUCUCCGACACGGUGGCCUUCGUGGAGUGGACCCCGCCGCGUGCCAAGGUGGAUGCCAUCCUGCUGAAGUACGGGCUGGCGGACGGGGAGGGCGGGAGGACCACCUUCCGCCUGCAGCCCCCCCUCAGCCAGUACUCCCUGCAGGCCCUGCGCCCCGGCGCCCGCUACCACCUCGCCGUCAGCGCCCUCCGGGGUGCCAACGAGAGCCAGCCAGCCUUCGCACAGUUCACCACAGAGAUUGAUGCCCCCAAGAACCUGCGGGUGGGCUCGCGGACCCCUGCCAGCCUCGAGCUCGCUUGGGACAACAGCGAGGCCGAGGCACACAGCUACAGGGUGGUCUACAGCACCCUGGCCGGGGAGCACUACCACGAGGUCCUGGUGCCGCGCGACACCGGUCCCACCACCCGGGCCACCCUCGCAGAUCUGGUGCCAGGAACGGAGUAUGGCAUUGGGAUUUCAGCCGUGAUGGACAGCCAGCAGAGUGUGCCAGCGACCAUGAAUGCCAGGACUGAGCUUGACAGCCCCCGGGACCUCCUGGUGACAGCCUCUACUGAGACGUCCAUCUCACUGGCUUGGACCAAAGCCACGGGUCCCAUCGACCACUACCGCAUCACCUUCACCCCUGCCUCAGGAAUGGCCUCUGAAGUGACAGUGUCCCGGGAUGAGUCACAGCUCACCCUCUCAGAGCUGGAGCCUGGGACAGAGUACACCAUCUCCAUCAUCGCUGAGAGGGGACGGCAGCAGAGCUUGGAGGCCACUGUGGAUGCCUUCACAGGUGUUCGGCCCAUCUCACAGCUACACUUCUCCCAGCUGACAUCCUCCAGUGUGAAUGUCACAUGGAGUGACCCAUCCCCACCAGCAGACAGCCUCAUCCUCACCUACAGCCCCCGGGAUGAGGAGGAGGCACAGCAGGUCACACUCGAUGGCACCCGGAGGCACACCAGCCUGACGGGCUUGCAGCCAUCCACCGAGUACCUGGUGUCACUGGUGGCCGUGCACGGCACCAUCAGCUCUGAGCCUGUCGUGGGCUCCAUCACAACAGGGAUUGAUGCACCAAAGGACCUCAGGGUGGGCAACGUCACCCAGGAGUCCAUGAUGGUCUACUGGAGUGCUCCCAUUGCUGCCUUUGACCACUAUAGGAUAUCCUACCGUGCUGCCGAAGGGAGGACAGACAGUAUGGCCAUCUCCAGGGACGCCACCGAGUACACCCUCCAAGACCUGCAGCCGGCCACCAAGUAUGAGAUCGGAGUGAAGAGCGUGCGGGGCCGGGAGGAGAGCGAGGUGGCCUCCAUCACUGUAUACACAGCCAUGGAUGUCCCCCUGGGGGUCACAGCCACCAACAUCACUCCCACCGAGGCGCUGCUGCAGUGGAACCCGCCGCUGUCAGAGGUGGAAAGCUAUGUCCUCAUCCUUACGCGUCGUGCAGUUUCAGGAGAAACAAUUCUUGUGGAUGGAGACAAGCAGGAGUACCAGCUGACCAACCUGCUGCCCACUACCACCUACACAGUCUCUAUGUAUGCUACCAGCGGGCCUCUGACCAGCCAGACCAUCAGCACCAACUUCACUACUCUUUUGGAUCCUCCAACAAAUCUGACAGCCAGUGAAGUCACACGACGGAGCGCCCUGCUGUCCUGGGUUCCUCCCGUGGGAGAGAUCGAGAAUUAUGUCAUGACCUACAGAUCCACCGAUGGCAGCCGGAAGGAGCUGAUUGUGGAUGCUGAGGACACGUGGAUCCGUCUGGAGGGGCUUUCUGAGACCACAGAGUACACGGUGCACCUGCAAGCUGCCCAAAACGCCAUGCGGAGCGGCCUCAUCUCCACCACCUUCACCACAGGAGGACGUGUCUUUGCUAACCCUCAGGACUGUGCCCAGCACCUGAUGAAUGGAGACACGCUGAGCGGGGUCUACACCAUCUCCAUCAACGGGGACCUCAGCCAGCGGGUGCCGGUGUACUGCGACAUGACCACCGACGGAGGUGGCUGGAUUGUCUUCCAGCGGCGGCAGAACGGGCUGACUGAUUUCUUCCGGAAAUGGGCAGAUUACCGGGUUGGCUUUGGAAACUUGGAGGAUGAGUUUUGGCUGGGCUUGGACAACAUCCACAAGAUCACGUCCCAAGGGCGCUAUGAGCUGCGAAUAGACAUGAGGGAUGGUCAGGAAACAGCAUAUGCCUACUACGACAAGUUCUCCAUUGGUGACUCCCGGAGCCUCUACAAACUGCGCAUUGGGGACUACAAUGGCACUUCAGGAGACUCCCUCUCCUAUCACCAGGGACGCCCCUUCUCCACCAAGGACAGGGACAAUGAUGUUGCUGUGACCAACUGUGCCAUGUCCUACAAAGGAGCCUGGUGGUAUAAGAACUGCCACCGCACCAACCUCAACGGCAAGUACGGAGAGUCCCGGCACAGUCAGGGUAUUAACUGGUACCACUGGAAAGGCCAUGAGUUCUCCAUCCCCUUUGUGGAAAUGAAGAUGCGACCUUACAACCACCGUAACAUCUCUGGGAGGAAGCGACGGUCCCUACAGCUCUGAGCCAGCUGAACCCCUCCUGCCUCCCACCACCUGACCUUUUCUGUCAUUUGUUUGUAUUUUAUAAUAUGCAAAGGGAAAAAAAAAAUUACUACUCGUCUGAGAUAGCAACCUGCCCCCCACAAGUGCUGGAGGGAACCAUGGCACAAGGAAAGGCCAUGGAAAAAGAAAGACCUCAUUGCUUUGCAUCUGUCCCAGAGAAAUACCAAAUUUCCAGUCUCCCUGUCCCAGUACUCUGGCCCUUAACAUGAGAAGAAAAGGAAAGAGACAGAUUUUUUGAUAUUUUUUUAAAAGACAUAGAAAUCCCCAGCAAACCCUGUUAGAAAUUUUUGUCACGGGGCUUGUGGCAGAAACCUUCCCCACAGGUACCUCGGUGUGGCCAUUUCCAGCCCAGUCAUGGCCAGGGACACCCAUCCUCUCCCUGUCCCCUCCUGGCAGGGAGGUCCCAAGCUUCAUGCCAUCCUGUAGACACCAACUCUUCCAGCAGGCAGAGGCCUGUCUCUUCCCUGUGUGCAGGCUCUGGACACAUGGGGACUGAGUGAGGAUGAGCAAAGGCUCAUCCCAUCCCCAGAUUUCACAGGAGGGCUUGGCAAAUAUCUGCAUAUGUAGGCAAACUCCAGAGAGUCCACAGCUCAUGCGUUGGUCUCACUACAAAAUCAUCCUCGUGUGCAUGGGGUGUAUGGGAAUAAGAACUACUCCACCAGCCCUAACCUUCAUUGCCCACUCCUUCAAGCUGAACUCAGCCCACUCCAGGUCCAUGACAUCUGCCUGGGCUAUGCUGAACUUGAUGGAGAAGAAAAAACUUAAAUUAGAAGAUUUAGGAGAAAAAUCUCUACUCAUGGUCCUGAAAUCCAGGACCCAUUUCACCUGUUACUUCUACGUUCUGUCAUGCUGUCUGCAUCCUCUCUCUCUCACUAAAGUAAUUGGUCCCAAACAAAAGUCUCAGAGAAGGAGCAGCAAUAAAAAGAUACCACACAAGUGCAGUCCAACCUGAAGCCAACAGCUGUCACAGCUCAGGUGUUCCUGUUUAUGGCCCUCCACGCACACAGAGAAUUAUGACCAUGCAGCUAAGGGAAGUGCAAGCUGUGGAAUGCCCAUUUCCUUCCUUCUCCUACACCACCCCUCUUCAAUGCCAUCACAAGAGAGACACAAAUCUCAGUGCCUUGGUAUUGCCAUCUCUGUUAACAGGAAAUCAACUGUUUUCCCUCCUGGAAAGGAUUCUAUUCAGAUUUUGGAGCACUUCAAGGCCCUUGGAAGAAUUAAUGAGUUCGCUCUUCCCAUCUUUAACUUCUCCUGUCUCAAGGAAGAUGGCCUCUUUGGAUAGCUCUGUCUGUGCCCUGUUGUCACUGACCCCACCUCCACACAGCCCAAAUGAUCACCAUGCUAAAGUCACUCCUCUGCCAAGGACUCUGAUCAAUGCUGGGCAUUGUCACUGGCCUGGUCUCGAAGAAGGGACUUGUCCCUGCAUCCAAGGACAAUGCAUCUCAUCACUGGAUUUGCAGCCAAAGGAACAUUACAAAUGCUAAACACUGCUGUCUGGUUUUAUCACACUGAAGCUGCUUUGUCUCAAAAACAUCUUUCAGAUGGCAACAUAAAGGCAUCUUUGCAGUAGCUUAUAAUUCAGGCCAGUGUAUCUUUCAUGGUCACACUCCCUAAUGCUCUGAUAUUACUCACUAUGGCUACAGAGCUGAAGAAGAGCAUUAAGUAGGAAUCAUAACCUCCUUUUCCAUGCCACAUACUAGCACAGGAAAUCACAGCUAACACCAAGGUCAAGAUUAGAUACAGGGCCCAGUCCUUCAUGUGGUCAGCUUACAUGCUGAUCUGGAGAAAGGAUGCUCAGCUCAUAUGUAAAUGAGGUGUCCCUUCUUACUUCCCCUUGGCAUCAAAUCAGGCAACAAGUCAACCAGCUGAGGAACAGGUGAGUCAGAGGCUGCAGAUGAUGGGAUCUCCUGCAGGACAUGGCCAAUGUCACAGAUGGUGGUAUGUCAUGCCUCCUGAGCAUUCAACGCUGCUUUAAGACAUGAAAGCCAACGAAAAACAGCAGAUGGAACUGAUUAAAUCCUAAGGAGGCUUUUAGUAGACCAGCAGAGUAAACUUUUCCCCAACCAUCAAGAAUUUAUAGGAAGAAAUAUCCCAGCAAAACCUGUAACAGAGCAGUGGUUAUAACCAGCAGAGAUUGGCAGUGGAUGGUGCUGUUUUCUUACCUACCCAGGUGAAAGGAAGAGAUGUCAGUGGAAACAUACACUUAUCAUUCACAGUCAAGUGAAAGGCAAGAAACCUCUCUUUUAAAAAGACUCAAACAGAAGAUCAAAGUUUGUCAACCUUUUCAGGGUUCAAUAUAAGAUCCUCAAAAAGGCUGAUUAUUCUCUAAACAGGAUUACUGACAUAUAGUUCUCCCUCCCUCCUCAUGUCUGUUAUCCCUUGUACAAGUUCUGUAACCAGGAUGAGUCAGCCCAGUUGACCCAACUUCAUAGUCAUGAAAGACACUCUUGGAGACAAUAUCCAAUCUUUCAGUGCUAUUAUACACCAGUGCUGGUCCCUGACCUCUCGUGAUACCAGGAUGUUACCUUUCCAUGGCAUUGGUGAAAGACAGUUGCUACAAUCUUCUAAUGGGAAGAUUUCUACACAUCAUGGUUUUCUCCUGGUGAUAACCCAACCCAACCACACAACCAGCCCAGGCACACAACCAGCAAUGACAGCCUGAUUAUUUGGGCCAUCGUCCCUUGUACACAUUGUCCAUAAACAAGAUAUAAUAUCCCAGAAAGUUAUUUUUCUAUAUUGCCUUAAUUUUAUUUUUUACAAAGCUCCUGCCAGCAGUUUCAAGCAAAUUUGUGCUUAAUGUUGAUGCUACAGAACAGCCCCAUGAUUAAGUAAUUUCUUCUCACCCUCCAUCACUGGAUGGGCUAGUUCAUUCUCCAGCUAGACCAGGUUUGGCCCUGAAAUUCCCAGAAAUCAAGCCUGGAUCUGGUGCAUCUUGAGAGACCUUGCCUUCAGCAUGUGAACUACCACUGGGCUCUGGUGGCUCCACUGCCAUCCUGGGUUUGUGUGGCUCAGGCUUGUUCCAGAACCCAGAAAGGAGGCUGUUUCCCAAACCACAUUAUCCACUGCAAGAUGCCAUCUUGUGUAACACGAAGCAAGAAGCAGCACAUCAAAUCCUUCACACAGCAGACCACCGUGUGUGCCCAUGACCCCUGGAGCCCUUCAAAGCCACCUCUUAUUUCUAACCCCAAAAUCCUGGAGUGGAACACAAAGGGACUUUCAUCUCUUGCCCAAUUUUCAUUUCCCUCUGUUUCCAUUCUCCAAGCCCACCUUCCCAUUGCACACUGCACUGAAACAUAACCAAAGAAGAAAAGAGUCCUGGAAGG